UGUGCCUUGCACUGCUUUACAGUGAGGGUGAGUGCAAAAGAUAUAUCAAUAUGAGGUAUCAAACUGAGACCUAGAUGUUCCGUUGAAGUGGCUGCUCAUUUCCUUGAGCCAUAACAUGGGCUAAAGGUUAACUUACACAUUCUCCGAGGAAGAACAGGUUUUUUUCUUUUUUUCUUUUAAGGUGUGUGUGUUUCAUAUUCUUUCCUACCUACAGAGGCUAAAUAUGAUGUACGGUGUUGUUCAUGCAGAUUUUUUUUCCACUGGAUUAUUUGCUAAUCAGACUACAGUACAGUGGAGAUAAGAGAGAGAUCUGUUGCCUAGAUAGGAGGCUUUAAUGAACAACUGAACCCCCGGGAGCUGAAAUCUGAAGUAGAAUGAUGCUGUUUUCUGGUCUCUUGUCAUUUCUUCACUUGCUUCUUCUCAACCGUUUUCCAAUGGGCCUAGUGAGCAGGAACUAUCCAAGGUACUAGAAUGCUGGCUGCUUGGCUGCUGAAUACAAGCGGAUUGCAGAAAGAGAGGAGAACCAGAUUACUACUUAUAUCAGAAGGUAGGCUUGCUCUUUGUUUGAGAAUCCCUGAUUAAUCAACAGCAGCAUCAACAGACUAAGGCAGCUGGAGAGAGCAAGCCUGCCUGUAAGUCACGGGGGAGAGAGACGAUGCCACAAGCUAGACUGCUUCAAACCUUCUGUAUCUGAGUGGCAAUGAGAGAGAGAGCAUCUUUUCUGCUGCAAGAAGCCAUUUGGAUAGGAUGUUUUCUAUUCCUUUCUUUCAUUUAUUUUUGUCUCCACAGAAUACAUUCAAAUGAGGCACCUUAGCAAUCUCUGUGUUAUUGCAUAUGACGGUGGUGUAAUCUUCUACGUUGUAAAGUGGGUAAACAUCAUCCAGUUUCUUCUCAGCUGGACCGAAAGCAGGGUGCUAUUUGUACCCUCCCAUUAUCUAUGCCCUCUGUUCUCUGAAUGUGGAUUUAAAGAAGCAAGCACCUGUCUUCUCUUGCCACUGCAUUUUUAAAAGCCAAACUUUAAAGGCCAUUUUAAUCCUAUACCAAGAAGAUCUUUAACAUACCCACUGACUUCUAGUGAUGCAGAAUUCUACAAUCUGGGCAUCUUUGCCAACAAGAUUUAAUGCACUUUAACUGAAGAAAAACUGAGCCUAAUUGCAAGUCUGUUUCUUAUGGUGCUGAAAUAUUCCUUCAGACUGCACUGAGAUAACCACAGGAAAGGGCUUUUACAGACAAAAGUCACCUUUGAUUAUUGCACUUAGCAGUCCCCGUGGACUUAAAUUUUGGAAGUGUUGCUUUCCUUCGUCCAUUAUCUCCUGCAAGAUGAUGAGUUCUAAUCAGGAGGAGGUCACGUUGGGCACUUUUCUCCAGUAUAUUGAAGAUAUGGGGAUGAAGGCCUAUGAUGGCUUGGUUAUACAGAAUGCAUCAGACAUUGCUCGAGAGAAUGAUCGCAUGAGGAAUGAAACAAACCUGGCUUACUUGAAAGAAAAGAAUGAAAAACGCCGAAAACAAGAAGAAGCAAUAAAACGCAUAGGUGGAGAAGUCGCGAGAGGAAAUGAAGGAAGCUAUGUGGGCAAACAUUUCCGGAUGGGAUUUAUGACAAUGCCUGCUCCUCAGGACAGACUGCCGCAUCCUUGCUCUAGUGGCUUUACCGUGAGAUCCCAGUCUCUUCAUUCGGUUGGGGGUACCGACGAUGAAAGCAGUAGCUGCUCUCGUAAACAACCUCCACCAAAACCUAAACGAGAUCCCAACACCAAACUAAGCACCUCAUCUGAAACGGUCAACUCUGGAACAAGUAAGAGUGGGAAACUACCGGACAAGACUGAAGCAUCGGCCAAACCAAGACCCCACAGUGAUGAAUAUACCAAGAAGAUCCCUCCUCCUAAGCCUAAACGAAAUCCAAACACUCAGCUAAGCACAUCUUUUGAUGAAACGUACAUCAAAAAGCAUGGCCCCAUGAAGACAACACUCACUAGGGAUGCCUCUUUAUUGCAAGUCAGCAGUCCUGCCCCAGACACAGAAGAAGAAGAGCCUGUUUAUAUUGAAAUGGUUGGGAAUAUACUAAGAGACUUCAAAAAAGAUGAGGAUGACCAAAGUGAAGCAGUCUAUGAGGAGAUGAAAUACCCUAUAUUUGAUGAUGUAGGCCAAGAUUCAAAGUGUUCAUGUGAAUAUGACCAUCACAGUUGUUCUUCUCAGUGUGCUACUCCCACAGUGCCUGACCUAGAAUUCACCAAGUCCUCAGUGCCAUCUACUCCCAAGGGCUUGCUUUGUGAUAUCCCCCCACCAUUUCCAAAUCUACUUUCUCAUAGACCUCCACUACUGGUGUUCCCGCCAGCACCAGUGCAGUGUUCCCCAAAUUCUGAUGAGUCUCCUCUAACUCCACUGGAAGUCACAAAGCUUCCUGUAUUAGAAAAUGUGUCUUACAUCAAACAACAAGUUGGAGCUUCUCCAUCUUCACUGCCACCUCAUACACCAGGCCAUCAAAAACCGGAGAAAGACCAGACAGUAUCUCAUGGAACUACCACUCCUGGGCACUCCUCCUCACCUCCUCAUCCUUCUACCUUAUACAGAACACAGUCUCCACAUGGCUACCCUAAAAGUCACUCUGCCUCACCCUCUCCUGUCAGUAUGGGUAGGUCUCUUACCCCCUUAAGCCUCAAAAGACCUCCACCUUAUGACUCUGUACAUUCAGGAAGUCUCUCAAGAAGUUCUCCAUCAGUGCCUCAUUCUACAGCCAGAAACACGUUGCAAGAAGGGGGAAAGAUGGUAAAUGCCUCGGUCAAUACCUACGGGUCAUCAUCACAGAGUGGUUCACGUUCUAGAACACCAACCAGUCCUUUAGAGGAAUUAACCAGCCUCUUUACCUCAGGACGAAGUUUACUGAGGAAGUCGUCCAGUGGCAGAAGAUCUAAAGAGCCUGCAGAGAAACCACUAGACGAGUUGAAGAUCAGGAGCCACAGUACUGAACCACUACCAAAGUUGGAAAACAAAGAGAGAGGAGGUCACCAUGGGACAACUUCCUCCAGGGAGCCAAUAAAAGCUCAGGAAUGGGAUGGAACACCAGGACCACCAGUUGUGUCCAGUAGACUGGGAAGAUCCUCUGUUAGUCCAACAAUGUUGGCAGGAAACAACAGCUCAGAGCCUAAAGCAAGCUGUAGAUUAGGUCGAUCUGCAUCCACAUCAGGUGUGCCUCCUCCAUCAGUUACUCCUCUCAGGCAAGCCAGCGAUCUCCAACCCAGCCAGAGUCAGCCCCACUGCCCAUCCAAUAGGAGAGGGAAGAAAACCUCAAGGACCAGAAGAGAACAGCCUCUUCCUCAGCCUAAUAACCUGUACAGUUACAGCAAAGUGACAUGUAUGCAGUGGUUGCAUGGGGACCAUACAAUGCUGGAAAUGAUUGAGAAAAAGCGUUGUUUGUGCAAAGAAAUAAAGGCUCGACAGAAAUCAGAGAAAGGACUUUGCAAACAGGACAGCAUGCCCAUUUUGCCGAGUUGGAAGAAGAACACUGGGACCAAGAAAUACAGCCCUCCUCCUUAUUCCAAACAACAAACUGUUUUCUGGGACACAGCGAUAUGACCAGACUGUUGCUGAUGCCAUCACCACAAUGUUGUAAGAUGCACAAGUAGCCUCCUUUCUUAAUAAGGCAAUGCCUGUGACAUAAAACUUAAUCUGCAGGUGACGAACUACCUAGUGAAAAACAUACCAAUGUGGUGCUCACCUGUCAAUUUAAAGGAAAAGUAUAGAUUUCCAGCUGAUUAAGGCAUGCAUAUUUAUUAAGGAUUUUUUUGGAUCCAGAAGAUAUUGAAAUGUAAAUAUUUUGCCAAUCUAUUGAAAACACCUGAACUAAUACACUGUUUAAAAUAUAUAAUUCAAAAAUUUAUGAAGAAUUUUACUAUAUAAUAUAAUUACUGUUAUAUUGUUUUAUUAACUAUUUUAUAUGUGGUAUCCUAAUGCUCUUUUUUGUUGUUGUCAUUUUUAAUGAUCUUACCUGCCUAAAUUUGGCCUCUGUACAAAAGCAUGUGGUUGUACUUUUGUUUAACAAGUACAAUGUACAAAUCAACCUGGUGCUAGGGCUGUAGAAGUUCACUAGAGUCAUAUUCAUUAGAGACAUCCGUUGCUUUUGUUCUUCUGGGAAAGGUUUUGGCAGGAAGUAGUAAAAACUGUAAACAAUGCAAAUAAAAAUGCUUAAUUUGGAUGUCCAAAUUGCAUUAAAAAAGAGUUGUUCUGCAUCAGAUUUUUGGUAAAUUUACUAUUAUAAAUUGCCCUUCUUUUUAUGUCAAUCUGUUAUUAAAGUCUCCAGUGAUAGUUCCUAGGCUACAUUUGGCUAACCAAGUAAACAAAAUUUACUGCAGAAAGGUCUAAAGGCUCUUCCUUCUUUUAUUCUGCUGACUAGAGGAGACCAUGGUUCACUGUGACUAAGAACUGUACAUCACAUGAUAAUGAGUUAACCCAUUGUUUAGCAGGUUAAAACAGUGGCAAUGCACCCAUGAUUCCUGUCCACAUUUGUCUUUGGUCCAGAAAGUAAAGGUAACAAAAUCUGUUUACAUUAUUUUUAAGUACCCCAAACAUCCCUAGUUGGGUCUGUAUCAAAUUGGAAAGCAUUAUUUAAAAAGGCCUGACCCAAACUCCAUUGACAUCAAUGGAAAGACUCCCAUUGGCUUCACUUGGCUUUGGAUCAGACCCACAGAGCACCUUUCUCUCACGUAACCAUUUCCUGUUCCUGGCUGAUCAGAUAAUUGGGUCAUAGUCCUCUGUGACAUCACACCCAUCCUGAGAGAAUGCUAUGUCAUGACCAAAGAAUUAUGACCUCUUGGUUUUAACAGGAGAAAGAGAUGGCUUAUAUUGCAUAUGAGGGUGAGAGCUGUGCAUUAAAAUAUCUUCCAAAAGAAACGCUUUAGGGUGAACAAUAUCCGUAUUGCCAUGGAGUGAUAAAAUGAUGCUAUCACAUAUAUUUUGUAUAUUUAAAGUUCUAUCGAUGCUUCUGAAAUUUGGCAGCAUGAAAAUUCCUCUUUAAUAGUCCUUUAAAAUUAUAUUCUCUGAGAAGAAAAAAUGUGUUGUUUGAACUUAUUGUCAUAUUGGCUUUUCUUUGAAACUAUAUUGCAGCAAUGCCCUGGGCAUCACUGCUGAUCAAAAAAACCAAAAAUGACCAAUUUUAGUAGGGUUUUUUUGUAAUCUAUAUUACUAAAGUUUGAGUAACGCUUUAUCAGUAGUAGUUUCUUUCCAGUCUCUGAAAUAAUAAUAAAGUUUUUAAAUAUUUUAUAACUAAUUAACUAAUGUAUAUUUUGAUGUCCAAAUUGAGGAUUUCUGUAUAAGAUAAACAAAAGUGUGUGUUCAUAUGUGUGUAUGUAUAUUAGCAUUAUGCUAUAAUGUGUGUGUAUAUGUAUAGGUGCAUAUAUGCACACAUACACACUCUCAUCUAUAUACAUACUGUAUAUAUGAAAUGUGUGUGUGUUGUUGGAUAUACAGAGGCUGAAAUGGGUACAAAAUUUAGAUGAAAAUUUAAAGAAGCCCCCACAAUCCAAAAGACAGAAAACAUAAAAACCACAAAUUGUGAAGGAAUCUUUAAAUAAAUCUUGUACCCAAAAGGCACCAAUUGUAUAUUCUGCCUACUCAUUUUUUUCAUAAAAGAAAGAAAAUGGCAGAAGAAAAACUCAAGAGAUCUUGCAAUGCUCCAAAAUCUGCUGGAAAGAGAAUGACUUGCUAGUCAUGCGGAAUAUGUUGAGAUAACAGGUUCAUUACUCAGAAAAUGUUUAGAAUGGUGAAAUGCAUUAUCUUCCUUGUUAUGGGUGAUUAUAUGCCAAGAAAAGACUUUCAUAUAAUCAAUGUGAGAUUUUUUUUCACUUGGUCCCUUUCACAAACUGCACCAAAUCUUUCUGUGUGUAUGUGUUCAGUCAUGAUACUUCUUGUACACAUUUCCUUAAGCAAUUAGUCAUUUUAAAAACUUUAAUAUUCCCUUUGGAAGUAUUCCCCAAGAGCAGUUGUUCAUCACUGACAUUCAUGCCUCCAAUGGGAACAUCUUGAAAAACCUUCAAAAGAGGCAACAAUACAAACCUUUGGGAGAGAAUAAACAAUUUUAUAUACAAUCGUUCAAGUUUUUGUACAGUAUCCUUUUCAUAUUGACAUAUUAUAGGAAUAAUUAUCAUGGUACUGAAGCAUUCUGGUCAUAAAUAGAUUUGCUUGACCAUUUAAACUACCACAAAAACCACUUAGUGCUUUGCUUAUAUAGUUCAGCACCAUAGUCAUCAUCCGUUAAUUAGCCCAAAUGCUUGCAGACCACCAUUGUAUCCCAUGCAAACAAUAGCUUAUAUUUAUUAUUGUUUGACGCCACAUGAAAAAUUAAAAUAGAACUUAGCACUUAUCUUCAAAGCACUUUACAAACGUGAAUUAAACCACACACCUAUGUGAGGAAGGAUACAUUUUAUUUUAUAGAAAGUGAGAUUGAGGCAGAGAUGCUGAGUGACUUGCCAAAGCCAAUCAAAGCCAGAGCUAGGAUAAGGUCCCUGUCUUAUGCUCUGACCAUUUGACAACAUUAUCAUUAGGCAGAGUGCACAGCCUGAGAAUAAAAGGUGAAUAUUCACUGCAGAGAACGUACCAUCAAAAUGGUGUCUAAACAUUUUCUACAUUCCCUAUUGUCUCAGCAGUUUCUAUAUCACAGGGUGAAUGAUCGUAUUUAGCAACAUGUGCUCAUUAAAGCUGCAGUUAUAUAAAUAUGCAAUCUGAAUAUACAUACAGGCCACAUAUCUACACACACUUAUGGAGACUGUAUAUAUGAAAUUGUUUGGUAUGCACUUACUUUGCUUUAAAUUCCUAAAGUUAAACAUUAUAGUGUAGCAAUUUGUGAAAAGUGCACUGUGAUUUCAAGAAAGCACAGUAAAGUCACAGGUCUCGUUAUUCUUGCACUAAAAAUGUGUUUACGUAUAUUAGCAAAUGUAUGCUUACUUUUAUUGCUCUUUUUAACAAAUUAAAUUAAAUUAAUGGUAUAAAAUGGUAUUUUUCUUUUAGUGGACUAUGGCAUUAUGUUUUUAAAUUACAGGGUUUUUAAAGAAGAAGAAACCAUUCUGUGUUCAUUCCAAUGUAAUAUGUUUACCGAUAUCUUAAAACUGAAUGUCAUAUUGCUUUUUUUUUUCAUAUUUUGUUAGAAAUGUCAGGUAUGUGCCUGAAAUUGUGUAGGAGUAAGGAGUAGCUAGAGGAUAACUGUAAUCAUAUAUUAUUAGCCAUUUCUAUAUACACAGUAUAAAUACAUAAUAAUUUUCUUUUCAUUUUUGUACUUGAUUUUUUUAAGUAAGAUGUAAUUAACUGUACUUUGAUACUUCUGAAGUAAUAAGAUGUUGUUUGGAGAUUCUGCUUUCUUUAGUGCAUUGACAAUAUUUUACAAUAAUUUAGUGCUUAUUUAUUUGUGCUCCAGUGGAAUUAUAAUAAAAGCAAUAGUUUAAAAUA